AUGGCAAAGAAGAAGCAAUCGUAUGGACCAUCGUCUCUCAUAACGUCACUUCCCGAAGAUGUUAUCAUUGACAUCUUAGCGCGUGUACCGAGAUGCGACUAUCCAACAACUCUUACCUUCGUUUGUAAGCACUUCCGAUCAAUCGUUGCAUCUCCUGAGCUAUACGCGAGACGAUCCUUGUUGGGCCGCACAGAACAAUGUCUCUAUGUUAUCCUCUAUAACAAAGAAACCAAUAAUAACCGAUGGUAUAUUCUCCACCAGAAAGCCAAUGGCAGUCGCCGCUUGGUCCUUAUCCGGACGCUUCCCGGUAUGACUUGGCGUGGACGCUUUGUCACAGUGGGUUCGAAGAUAUAUGUGUUUGGUGAGAGUAACAGACUUAACAAUGCAUCAAAUGCCUUACGCAUCGACUGUCAAUCUCACACGGUACACCCUCUCCCAAACAUCCCUGUUGACAUGACUAGUACAUUCGCUGACAUCAUUGACGGGAGAAUCUACGUUUUUGGAUAUUGCCAGAGGAAGAAGAAGGUGAUUGUGGUGUUCAAUACAGAAACACAAAUGUGGGAGCAUGGGGUCAUAAAGCCAGACAUUGAGCUAGGUCACUCGUGGCUUCGUUGUGUGGUGGUGAUGGCUGAUAAGCUGUACAUGAGGGAUAAUGAUAACAGCUUUGUUUACGAGCCAAACAAGAAAAAAUGGGAAACAGACGACGUGCUGAAUCUAAAGGAGUGGGACAAUGCAUGUGUCAUUGAUGAUGUAUUGUACUACCCCGAUAUUGACAAGAAAAAGAUAAGAGCGUAUGAUCCAAAGCAAAAGUGUUGGAGAGUGGUGAAAGGUUUGGAAGAAUCUUUGCCUAAUACGGAAAAUUCAUGGUGGUGGUUAGAGACUGUGAGUUAUGGUGGGAGACUGGCUUUGUUGUUUUUUCCAAAAGCAGAAGAAAGAACAACAGAGACUUGGUGUGCGGAGAUUUCGCUGGAAAGACGUCAAGGAGGAGAGAUUUGGGGUAAAGUUGAGUGGUUUGAUCAUGUUUUAACACGGAACUAUUAA